AUGCAUCUGCUCAAUAUUGCCAGCCUCCUUGCGCUUCCCGUUCUGGGGAGCGCACAGUCUUUCGCUCCUCGUCAAGCUCCAGAGGCUGCAGAUGAGACCAACAACGCAACUGUCCCUAUUGCUAAGAGCUACAUCAUCGAGUAUGCCUCGGGUUCAGCUAAAGCUCGUCGUGACGUCGCCCUCGAGGCCGACAUCAAGGUCGUCAAGAACUUUGAGAGCGACAUCUUCUACGGCGCCAGCAUUGAGACCGACACCCAUAACAUUGAUAGCCUUCAGAACCUAGCUGGUGUUGCUCGCGUCUGGCAAAACACCCGUGUUAGCUUGUCCCCUGUUGAGGGACUCAAGUCAAUUGAGGAAGCUGCCGCUGGUGACUACAGCCCGCACAACACCACCGGCGUGAGCAAGCUUCACGACAAGGGCAUCUUCGGGCAGGGUGUCAAAGUCGGCGUUGUUGACUCUGGAACUUGGUAUACGCACCCAGCCCUGGGAGGUGGCUUCGGCCCGGGUUUCAAGGUUGCUGGUGGUUACGAUCUCGUCGGCAACGGCAUCUGGCCUUAUGAAGAUAAGACCCCUGAUGAUGAUCCGUUGGACCAGCUUGGACAUGGAACCCAUGUUGCAGGAAUCAUUGCUGGAAAAAAUGACUUCUGGAGCGGGGUUGCCCCUGAGGCUACGCUUUACUCAUACAAGGUCUUCGCUCAACUGGAUGCUACGGACGAUGCUACUCUCAUCGAGGCUUUCCUCCGAGCUUAUUCUGACGGCGUUGACAUCAUCACUGCUAGUAUCGGCGGUCCAGGCGGUUGGUCUACGAACGCGUGGGCUGAGAUCGCUUCUCGCUUGGUCGACGAGGGAGUCGUAGUCACCAUCGCCAAUGGCAACUCGGGUGCUGCCGGUGCCUUCUUCGGAAGCAGUGGUUCUUCUGGCAAGAAUGUUCUCGCCGUUGCCUCUGUGGAGACCGAGAAGUAUCCUGCAUCGCCAUUUGAGUUGACAUCAGUUCUCGAUGGCAACACCGAGACUGUUAAGGCUGGAUACUUGCCUUCGACUUACUACUUCUCAUCCGAUAUAGUUGACUGGCCAGUUGUUCCUCUCAACUUUGAUAUCACCGAUCCUGCGGAUGGCUGCGAACCCUACCCAAACAGCACGCGCAGCCUCAAGGGCGUCAUUCCCUUGGUGAGAAGAGGCACUUGCACUUUCGCAACUAAGCAAGCCAACUUGGUUGCCCUUGGUGCCGAGUACAUCUUGUUUUACAACAACGAAAACCCCAUCAUCACUCCUGGAACUGAUGAUGAUGUUGGCCUGAUUGCCCUCAUCACCGCCGCCGCUGGCAAGGCCAUCAUUGAGACGGUUCAGGCCGGCGGCAAUGUCACCGCGGACUUUUCUCUCAAUCCCGAGCAGGUUGUUGGUUUGGAAUACCCCGCCGGUGGUCGACCAAACACUUUCACUUCCUGGGGUGCUUCAAACGACCUCGACAUCAAGCCCGACAUUGCUGCUCCUGGUGGUCAAAUCUUCAGUACCUAUCUGGAUGACACAUACGCAUUGCUCUCCGGUACUUCGAUGGCUACACCUUACGUAGCCGGUGUAGCUGCCCUCUUCAUCAGUGCCCACGGCGGCCGAUCUGUACAUGGCAAGGGCUUCGCCAAGACACUGCACCAAAGAAUCAUCGCCAGCGGAACCUCUCUUCCCUGGUCCGACGGAACCGCUACCGACUACGGCUUCUCUGCAUCGGUGGCUCAAGUUGGCAACGGACUCAUCAACGCCUUCAAAAUCGUCAACUACACUACCGACAUUGCCUUUGAGAAGAUCGCUCUCAAUGACACCCACUACUUCAGCCGUUACCACGACGUGACUGUUACUAAUAAUGGUGCCAAGGACGUGAGCUACAAGCUCUCGUAUGAAGCAGCUGCUGGGGUGGAAAUCCUCGGCUGGUACCCAUUCGUCGCGCCCUGGGGUGGCGAGAAGAGACUCAAGAGCUUCACGGAGCUGACGCCCAAGAGCCUCCCUGUUGAGGUCUCUUUGCCGCGGGACUUCACUUUAAAGCCCGGUGAAAGCAAGACCCUCAGUGUCAACUUCCCCAACCCUGACAGCCUUGGCUGGAACUCUUCUGCUCUGCCCAUCUACAGCGGAAAGGUCAUAGUCGCUGGUAACAACGGAGAACAACUUUCAGUGCCCUACCUAGGCCUCGGUGCGAACCUAAAGACCGAAAUCAGCCCGAUAUACCGUCCCUCGUACCCCUUCACCACACAGAGAGACUAUGUCUACUCUUUCAAUCUCGACCCAUCCGUCGCCGAUUUCCCCAUCAUCUACUCAAAGCUCAUUUGGGGCAGCAAGGAAGUCCGAUGGGAUAUUUACGAAGCUGGUUGGACUGAUAGACAAUGGGAAUAUCCUCCCGUCCCCGGUCAGAACGGCUAUAUUGGCCCAGCCACCAGCCACGUCGUAGCCGGCAGCGUGUCGUACUUUGACCCUACGCGAUAUGACCCUGAUGACACCUGGACAUACCCUCAGGUCGACUUGUACCGCAAUGCUCAGACACAGGCGUCGUAUCACGAGUUCUGGUGGUUCGGGAAACUUGGCAACGGAAGCCAGAUUGAACUCGGAAACUACACCAUGCGAUUUGCCACGUUGAAGCCUUUCGGAAACCCUGCGGCUGCUGAUAACUGGGAUGUUUUCCAAACACCGCAGAUCCAAGUCACUGGCAAAUACGAGAGACGAGGAUAG